UCGUUCACUGUAUGAAGAAUCACGACCACCGCGGCAGCGGCGGAAAGGGGAGGGAGAAGGAAGAGAUGGCGGCGCCGGCCAGGAGAGAGAGUAGCAGAAGAGCGGGAACAGAUGACGACGCUGCGGUGGAGGAGAUGCUUCGAUCUGCUCAGGACGAGAUUAUGCUGAAGCUUUCCGUAGAUUCUCACAUCUCGAAGACUCCCAACGGCAGCGAUUCCCUGCCUUCCGAUCUCCGCCGUCGACUUGACGCCCUAAAAUCAGUUACUGCCUCCACAUCCUCCGCCGCCCUCAAAUCGGCUUCUGCUUCCUCGUCCGCCGUUGCAUCCGCUGGGCAAUCGCAGGACGAGCUCAUGGCCAGAUUCGAUGCUCUCAAGGUCAAAGGCAGAAGCGGCAGUGGAGCUGCUCCUGUUCUUCCUUCCCCUGAUCUCACCGGAAGCGGAGGAUUCCGUACCGUAGACGAAGACGACGAGGAGGAUGAGGUGGAGAAGAUUAUUAGGUGGGCCAAGGAUGCUGCCCGUCUGGAUCCUUCUCCGCCGUCCGACGACGAUGACGACUGCCACAGCGAUGAUGACGAUGACGGGGAUGUAACUGAAUAAUCAUCAUCUGUCUAUUUCAAUUUUCAUUGGAAUACGCUACUUUUUUUUUUUAAGUUGGUUUAUUAAUGGUGAAAUUCCAUGAAAAAAAUAGUUACAAAUGUGCAAUUGGGUGUAAAAUGUUUGGUGUUUCACAUUUCGUAAAAAUUGAUAAUUUGGCUAUAUGGAUCACGAUGUUCCAUUUAGUUCAGGUUAUUUUCUUCGUUAGAAGCCAGAGAGAAUGCCUAUAACAUGAUUCCAACGAAGAGUAAAUUCGAACCUGAAAUCUUUAGGUCCAACCUUGAUCGCAGUAAUUUUAAGAAAAGUGGAUUCAAACAUAAAACCUUUCGCUCCAACAUUCGUUGUAGUUAGGCACUUGGAGGUAGCAGUCGUUUGUGCUAGAAAUGCUCCUAAUGAAAGCAUAAACCCAGU